AUAUAUAAGUACAACUCUCAGUUCAUAAAUUCAUUUUCAUGUAAUACAGAAACACACAAGUACUAUUACGACUAGUCGAGCUUUAUUCAAGGAGCUAGAAGAAGUAUAUUUUUAAUUUAUUUAGGAGUGACUAAGUUAUGGCUGAUGAAUAUCAAGCAAGUGUUUGUGGAGGAAACUGGUGGAAUUCAAGUAGAAGUAUAUUUGGUUCAUCACUAUGUGCAUCUUCAGUUCCUUUAGGAAACUCUAAUUUUGCAUGGACAAACGAUCAUUUGUUGGAUAUGAAAUCUUCCUGUAGGUCUAACGAUGAAUCUGGUAAUUCCGAUGAAUCUGUCGUUCUUCAAGAAUUACCUAAACAUGAUUCCACCCUACAAAUCUUGGGUAGUGGCCUUAAUUCUUCAUCAACAAAUGAUAAUUGGAGUCAUACCUUGAUGCAUGGAAAUGAUAGGAGUGAAAGUAGUUAUCCUUCAAUACUACAGCAAGAAGAUAUAAAUUCAAGCAUGAAUUACCAACAAGAAAGUGGUGUUGAUUGUUCAAGCAACUCAUUUAAGCAAGAUUUCACUUUAGGAAUGAAUCAUCCAAUCACUAGCUCAACUAAUACUCAUCAUGAUCAAAUUUCUUCAACCUUUCCAAUGAAUUCAUCUUUCUCUAAUUAUCCUUCAGCUUUACUUCAAACUUUAUUUGAUAACGAUCCUCCUCAACAACAACAAUUACAACAAUCUUUGUUUGCUACUAAUAACAACCAACCAAUGAAUUUCCCAACAUCAUCCUUAAACUAUAGGCCUGAUUUGAAUGACUUUUCACCUUCUAUGCCUAAAUUCCCUAAUUCCUUGUUGAUACCAAAACAAACUACAACACCUUCGAAUCAUUUUCCAAAUUACUCUCUUAAUGCUACUGCCUCUCUCUACAAUACUUCAUCAGCCACAUCCUUAAACAAUAUGCGCGCUACUCUUAUGCCUUCUAUGCAUCCACAAAUUCUCCAGUCACCAACAUUUAACGACAAUUCCAGAGCUCCUAACGUUACUCCAAAGAGUAAAGUUGAAGAUUUAAGAGAGUCGAGGGUGAGUAAGAAAAGUGUGACUAAUGAAGCAACAUUGAAGAGGGCAAGAAUAGAGACACCAUCACCAUUGCCAACUUUUAAGGUCAGAAAAGAGAAAUUGGGGGACCGUAUUACUGCUCUCCAGCAAUUGGUUUCACCUUUCGGAAAGACUGAUACAGCUUCAGUUCUCCAUGAAGCUAUUGAGUACAUCAAGUUCCUCCAUGAUCAAGUCAAUGCUCUUAGUACUCCUUAUUUGAAAAAUGGAUCAACCACCACUCAACACCAACAGAUUGCUGAUAAGGUGAAGGAAGAAGAUUUAAGGAGCCGAGGAUUGUGUCUGGUACCGAUAUCGAGUACUUUUCCAGUAGCAACUGAAAGUAGUACAGAUUUUUGGACUCCAAAUUUUGGUGGUACGUUCAGGUAGAGAGGCAGUGAUUUUAAUUUUAGGUAAGAAAAGGGAAAGUGAGUAUUGACAGCCAAUGCUGGGCCAUAUCUACAGCCAGAAUGAUGUGUUGGUAGGCUAAGUACAUGAUGAUUAUAGAGAAGAUUAAGUGUAGAGCUGUAAUCACCUUAAUUAAUUACUAGUAAUAAUUUGCAAGGAUUAGGAACAGGAACAAGUGCUAAAUUUAGCUAAGACUACUUUAUUUUAACAUUUGUGUUUAUGUUUUAUGUAACUUGUUGUUUUGUUGCUCUUGGUUGGGCUGAAUUUAGCACAUCAUAUAUAAGGAACUUUUUGUUCCUGUUUCUAGAUAUUAUAUGUAUUUAAAAUGUUCGUAUGA